AUGAAGCCUUGCUCUGCAUUCGUUGGCCUCACUGCCGCCGCCACUCUCAGCAGCGUUGUUCUCGCCAAGCAACAGCUCGACGUCUCUCACGAUCCCAUCGCCGUACUUUUCACAGCGGACGGAACCCCUUCUCAUCCUAGCUUCCUCAAGUCGCGAUGGGAGACCUCCGAGUUCCCUCUCGAGUUCCGAAAGCGUGACCUUUCUGGUGCAGGUUCCAAGUGCAGCGAAAACCCUUGCCCUGCUCAAGACGGCAAAGAGCAUGGCAAGGGUCACGACAGCGAGCACCGACAUCGCGGCCGCCUCAACAUUCACAGCGCCAUCGACCACCUCGGCCACAAGGUCGAAAGCUGGAUUGAGGGUGACAAGUACCAUGACCACUCGCUUGGCAUCGUCAUCAACAAGGCUACCGACAACUCUGCCGACAACGAGUGGCUUGUCAACGUCGGUUUUGGCACACCACCUCAGACCCUCAAGAUGGUCUUUGACUCGGGCAGUCCUGACACCUGGGUCUACUCUCCCGCCUGUUGCUAUGCCAACAACCAUACCUUCUUUGAUCCAGCCAAGUCGUCCACCUACCACAACCGCACCCUCCUCAACCCCGCUGCAGAGGCUCCUGGCCAGCCCUGGUCCUCCACCUACGGCUCUGGCUCAAAAGUGUCCGGCUACGUCGGCCUUGACACUUUCACCUUCGGCCAGCAGAAUCUUAAGGUCGACAAUCUCCCUCUGGCACUCGCCACCAAUCUCACUGGCUCACGCGCUUCGCGUGGCAUGCAAGGCCUUCUCGGUCUCUCAUCCAGCAGCGGCUCGGGUACACAGGGCGGUUGGACCACUCCCUUCGAGGCCAUGUCAUCUCGCCGUCUGAUCAACGAGACCUACCUCACCGCUACCCUCAGGAAGGCCAACCGCAACACCGGCAAUGGCGGUGGAGGACGUUACACUUUUGGCGAGGUCGAUGAUGAUCACCUUGAAGGCGACAUCACCUGGUCUCCUGUCCUUUCGCCCUUCCUCUGGGCCGGCCGAUUCGACAAGAUGACGAUGGGCAACACCACUCUGGCCUCUGAUCCAAAGAGCGAACUUUUCCCUACUCGCUUCAUGAUCGAUACUGGCUCUGCUGUUCUUUACCUGCCUCCGCCUAUCGUCAAGCAAAUCAACAGCCAGAUCCAUGGCUCCAUCAUUGCCAAUGCUAGCAGCGGUCUUGCUUUCCCUUACCUCGUUCCAUGCGACACUGGUCUCAAGCGGCACGAGAACAAGUUCAACAACCCUACCUUUACCCUUCAGAUUGGCGAUACCCCCUUUACCAUGCCCAAAGAGGACUAUGUCUUCUAUGCCAACCAACCUGUCCCCGCCGCUGCCGCUGGUGGUGUCAAGAACAUGUGCUACUCUGCUUUCCAGACUGGCCCACCUCAGAUCUCCAUCAUUGGCUUGAGCUUCAUCAAGAACCACGUCGUUGUCUUUGACCAGGGUGGAUGCAACCUUACUUGGACCGCAAGGCGCAUUGGUCUCGGUCAGCGAUCCGACGUUCGCUACGACUAG